AUGGACGGUGUAGCGGAUCGUAACAUCUCCUCACAAAUAUUGGUUGCAGCCAUUCAAGAGGAGUCCUACUUCAGCACUUUGUUGUUGUGGCGUCGAAAGACCGCAGACUGCUUUGCUGACCUAUCCGAUUGGCGGCCAGCGAACCUCACGGCCAAACUCAUCUUCGAUGCGAACUACACAAUCUACUUGAAUGCACACUACAACCGCGCGCUGCUCAGCGUCGUGUGUCUCGAUGAUUUUGUGGACUUGAAUCUGCUGGAGGCGCAGUCGGAUGAUCUAGAGGAGCUCUUCACUUUCUGUGACCAACAACAAAUGUUGAAUGUGCUCGCAGUGUUUAGAGAUUUUCCGGCGACCGGACUUUUCUAUUCUUUCAGUCGUUUUCCGAAUUUCACCGUGGACACUUAUCAGUGGCCCAGCGUAUACUAUCCGAAUCGGCUCAGUGAUCUGCAGGGUUAUGAGUUACGCACCAUGCCGUCACAGUCCGAACCGGGCUCCAUUGUUUACACAGCUGAUCAAGGUGAAAAGCGCAGCUCUGGCUAUGUGUAUCACCUGAUUUCCACCUUCGCCACCAUGUUGAAUGCCACUCUCACUUACAGAACUCCGGUGAAUGUGGGCGCGAGUAUCGAAAUCUCCAUCUUGGCAGAUCUGACAAGUAAUUACGAGUUGGAUCUGCCGAUUGGCUUGCAAAUGCCUGUAGAGAAUGUGUCGCUUUACGGAUUCUCGGACAUUGUGGAGAUAAGCAACUGGAUGCCAAUGCUGCCGCGGUCGGGCUAUAUUGAACGCUAUCAAAUCUACAAGUACAUCUUUCGGAGCAACACGUUGAUAAUAGACGUCAUGGUGUUCGUAAUUUUCUCACUGCUCUACACUUGUAUCAUCAACGAUCGCAAAAGCAAUGCUCGAGGUUUAAAAGAGAUAGCGUACAAUGACGUUAUCUUCAAUGAUAAAAUAUUUCGUGGCGUUAUCGGGCUCUCCUUUGAGUUUCGCCGUAAACGAAACUACAAGUUUUACUUGCUAUAUUUUUUGAUUUUUCUACAGGGUCUCAUAUGGAACACGGUUUAUAGUGCACAACUGCAUGCCUUUGCUAAUCGUCCACCUUCGGGUGAACAAAUCUAUAGCUUUGAUGAUCUAAAAUCUCGCGGCAUACAAAUUGUAAUACCGCUAGAAGAGUAUGAGGUACUUGAAAAAUUCAUGCCUGGGUCGUUUAUGAAGAGCUACAAUGAUAUUUUGCUCAUUAUACCCGAGCUGCGAGAUUUCUACACUCUCCGGAAGAGCCUCAACACAAAUUUCGCUUACUCCACACAUUCGGAAAUGUGGGCGAUGGUCGAGCGUCAGCAGCGCUAUUUCUCUCAACGUCUAUUUCGCGUUUCUGAGGAGGUGCAGUUCCAUCGCCAAAUUCUGCUCUCAGUGCCCUUGGCUGAGAAUAGUGUUUAUCGUGCGGCCUUCAAUACUUAUUUGCUGGAGAUGCAGGCUUAUGGUUUCUGGGAUCACUGGACUGCGAUGAGUUUAUUUGAAAUGAUCAAGGCGGGAAAGCUUAGCCUAGAGGAUAUCACCAAACCUCAGCGGUAUGAGCCUCUACGAUUUCAGGAUCUCCAUUACAUUUGGUUGAUGUAUAUCUUUGGUAUUACCAUUGGUAGUCUCUGCUUCAUGGCAGAAGUAUUAAAUGAGAAGUUUCAGCAAAAAGCAGCCGCAAGAGAUGCUCAUCAGUACUUUGUAUUGCUUUGGAAGGAGUUUAAGGAUAGGCUAGAAUAG